AAAAGGCAUAAAAGUGAGGCUCAAGCGUCAACAGCAGCCAUUGCGCGUGAUGCAAUUGAAGUGCUAACACCUCGCACCGCUCGAGUUUUCAGCCAGAAGGUCAUCGCCAAUCACCAGCGGAGGCAUCAGCAGCGCAGCAACAUUCUGUACUUCUUUUUUUUUUUUGGUUAAUCGCGUGUGUGAAAAAUUCCACUCCUUGCAGCUGCGAGUUUAUCAAGUGAACACGAUCGCAAGUGAAUAACUACAAAAAUAAUACAAAACACAAACUGUGAAAGUGCAAAAACACACUGAUAAACAUUCGUUAGAGGAUUAAGGCUAUAAGCCAGAAAUAUCGUGCAAUAUAUACUGCGCAUAUAUUCCCGAGUAGAAGACGUUGAAAACACAAGACAAAUCGAAAACGGAAAUCAGUUCUUCGUUUUACAGAUCGCAAUGCAGUCAACCCAAAGUAAGAGAGAUCGAUCUUCGAUGCACAUGGGUCCGCUUCUUCUCUGCGCCGUGAUGGUUGUCCUGGUGACUUUGCCUGUACAAAUUAAUGCCCGUAUGGCCUUUGAAAAGCUAACGGACUUUGAUUUUCCGGGCAAUACGUACUACAGCGUGAAAAAUCUAUCCCUAUAUGAGUGUCAAGGAUGGUGUCGCGAAGAGGCAGAUUGCCAAGCGGCGGCCUUUAGUUUUGUGGUAAACCCUCUGUCGCCCUCGCAAGAGACCCACUGUCAAUUGCAGAACGACUCCUCCGCAGCCAAUCCUUCGGCGGCUCCGCAAAGAAGUGCAAACAUGUACUACAUGGUAAAAUUGCAGUUGCGCAGCGAGAAUGUGUGCCACCGACCGUGGAGUUUCGAGAGGGUUCCGAACAAGGUGAUUCGCGGCCUGGACAAUGCACUAAUAUACACCAGUACAAAAGAGGCCUGUUUAUCAGCUUGCCUCAACGAAAGGCGAUUUGUAUGUCGAUCGGUGGAGUAUGAUUAUAACAACAUGAAGUGUGUGCUCAGUGAUUCGGAUAGACGCAGCUCUGGACAGUUUGUUCAACUGGUGGAUGCUCAGGGUACGGAUUACUUUGAGAAUCUCUGUUUAAAACCGGCUCAGGCCUGUAAGAACAACCGCUCGUUUGGCAAUUCCCAAAAAAUGGGCGUCUCCGAAGAGAAGGUGGCUCAAUACGUUGGUCUGCACUACUAUACUGACAAGGAACUCCAAGUGACCUCAGAAUCCGCCUGCCGUUUAGCAUGUGAAAUUGAAUCUGAGUUUCUGUGCCGCUCCUUCCUGUACCUGGGUCAACCCCAAGGAGCGCAGUACAACUGUAGGCUAUAUCAUUUGGAUCAUAAGACCCUGCCCGAUGGUCCAUCCACCUAUUUGAACCAUGAGCGCCCCCUUAUCGAUCAUGGUGAGCCCAUUGGUCAGUACUUUGAAAAUCAAUGCGAGAAGACCGCCGGCUUGGCAGCUGGAUCACCACCGGGAACUCUCGAUAAAAUCGAUACUUUACCCGUUAGCCUAGACACCAUUGAAGAUCCCAACCUGACCAACUUAACCCGCAAUGACGUUAACUGUGACAAGACCGGAACUUGCUAUGAUGUUUCUGUGCACUGCAAGGACACUAGAAUUGCCGUCCAGGUCCGCACCAACAAGCCGUUCAAUGGACGCAUCUAUGCUUUGGGACGUUCGGAGACCUGCAACAUCGAUGUUAUUAACUCAGACGCUUUUCGGUUGGAUCUGACCAUGGCUGGGCAGGAUUGUAACACACAGAGUGUGACCGGUGUCUACUCCAACACGGUGGUUUUGCAGCAUCACAGCGUGGUAAUGACCAAGGCCGACAAGAUCUAUAAGGUCAAGUGCACUUAUGAUAUGAGCUCAAAGAAUAUCACCUUCGGUAUGAUGCCGAUCCGUGACCCAGAGAUGAUCCACAUAAAUUCAUCACCGGAGGCUCCACCACCAAGGAUCCGCAUCCUGGACACACGACAGCGCGAGGUGGAGACUGUGCGUAUUGGAGAUCGUCUUAAUUUCCGCAUAGAGAUUCCUGAAGACACUCCCUAUGGCAUUUUUGCUCGGUCUUGUGUGGCCAUGGCCAAGGACGCCCGCACCAGCUUUAAGAUCAUCGACGACGACGGCUGCCCCACUGAUCCCACCAUUUUCCCCGGCUUCACCGCCGACGGCAAUGCUCUGCAAUCUACAUACGAGGCCUUCCGAUUCACCGAGAGUUACGGCGUGAUCUUCCAAUGCAAUGUCAAGUACUGCUUGGGUCCUUGUGAGCCGGCUGUGUGCGAAUGGAACAUGGAGUCAUUCGAAUCUUUGGGCAGAAGGCGUCGUCGCUCUAUCGAGAGCAACGAUACCAAGAGCGAGGACGAUAUGAACAUCUCGCAGGAGAUCCUCGUUUUGGACUUUGGCGAUGAAAAGCGCGAGUUCUUCAAGGCAGAUCCCAGCACAGACUUCGCCAAAGGUGAGUAUGGAAAAACGAAAUCUUUUUAUCAGCGCCUUAUGUAUUUCAUAUUGCAUCUAGACAAAACUGUUACCAUUAUCGAGCCGUGCCCCACGAAGACAUCGGUGCUCGCUCUCGCGGUCACCUGCGCGCUGAUGAUCCUGCUUUACAUUUCGACUUUAUUUUGCUACUACAUGAAGAAGUGGAUGCAGCCCCACAAGAUCGUAGCAUAAUGACAACGAUCAAGAAAACGUAGGAAAAAAAGAAAGAAAACAAAAAGGAAGUACACAACAUGAUUGUCACUCACAUCCGCUCCCUCUGCUCUCUCUCACACAUACACAUUUCAAUAUCUUUGUCUCACUCACAAAUUACUGACAACCGUAUAAUUUUUUGUUUUUUUUUUUUUGAUAUUCAUAUAAAUUAUUAACUUAAAAUACAAUUUAUUUAUUAAUAUUUAUUUAGACUUAAAGCGUAAAAUACAUAAUUUCCUAGAGAGCAAAGAAAUGAAAAAAUGUCCCAGUAGAGACAAAAUCGCACAUCAGCGCAUUUUCGUUGCGAAUUAGUAAAAGGAAAAAAAGAAUACAAAAAGGAAAAAAAACUGCGAGCGCGUACUUUCUAUAAAGUUACGAAAGGACAAAACAAAAACGGUCCUUGGCAAUGAGUAAGAGAGAUAGAACGAUGGAUCACGAUCCCUUUUGUAACUUCUAUAGAGACUGCAGCCGCACACACUCGCACUUAAACACACUCACUUAUACACUUACCCAAUUAUUUACGUACUCACGCGAGCCCAC